AAUCAUAAAUUUUCAUCUCAAUUUGCAUAAAUAAAACUAAAUAUUAAAAAACCAAAUGGAUGGAAUAUAUCUAAAAACAGGGUUUAUAGGAAUCACAACUCCGAUCACCACCACCACCGCCGGCGAGCUGCGUAAACCGACAUCUCAAAUCACCACCGCCAGCGUCCACCGUACAACCACCACUGCAAUUUCGUCGGAAAACCCAUCAGUAUCAAAACCAUGGGGCUUUUCUUUAAAAUUUCCAUUCAAUUCCUUAUUCAACAAAAACGCGGUGGCCGUAAACGACGGCGUAUCGGUUGACGGAAAUGAAGAAUCAAAUGAAGAAGAAAUUGAAAAUGAAAAUGAAAAUGAUUUGAAUUUGAAAAAUGAAAACUGGGUAUUGAAAAUACUUCAUGUAAGAUCAUUGUGGAAUGAUAAAAAACAAGAAAGUUGUAAUGAUAAUGGUGAAGAUCAAGAUUCUAAAAAGGAGGUUGCUUUCGAUGAAAUGGAGUGUGAUUCUUGUAGAGUUGAUGAUGAUGAAAAAGAUGAAGAAAUCGAAUUCGAUAAGAAUUCGUUUUCGAAAUUGCUUAGAAGAGUUUCUUUGACUGAAGCUAGAUUGUAUUCUCAAAUGUCUUAUUUGGGGAGUUUAGCUUAUUCAAUACCUCAAAUUAAGCCUGGGAAUCUACUGAAACAUUAUAGACUGCGGUUUGUUACUUCAUCGAUAGAAAAGAAAGCCCAGCUGGCUGAAAAAGCUGAGAAAGAGAAGGAGCAAAAGGCCAUUCAGGAAGGAAAGGAUAGCAAUAUGGAAAAGGAAGAUGAUGAGACAUUGAAAGCUGAGAAAGAAAUAGUCUCAGAAGUAGAAGAAACCCCACAGAAGGCUGAAGACGAAAAGGAGAAGGAAGGUAAGAAUCUGAUAAGUGCUUCUAUAGCGUAUCAUAUUGCAGCCUCGGCUGCUUCUUAUCUGCAUUCUCAAACAAAGAGUAUCAUUCCUUUUAAGUCUUCUGAAAACAAAAGUGGUGAAGGUGGUAUGACAAAAGCAGAGGUUGCUUCGUUAAUGGCAACCACCGAUUCGGUGACUGCUGUGGUUGCUGCUAAGGAAGAAGUGAAACAGGCAGUUGCUGAUGAUCUGAAGUCAAUGCAUUCCUCGCCUUGUGAAUGGUUCAUAUGUGAUGAUGAUGAAAGUAUGACCAGAUACUUUGUCAUUCAGGGCUCUGAAUCACUUGCAUCAUGGCAAGCUAAUCUGCUUUUUGAGCCUAUUCAGUUUGAGGGAUUGGAUGUGAUUGUGCAUAGAGGUAUAUAUGAGGCUGCAAAGGGCAUUUACGAGCAAAUGCUGCUUGAAGUACAUGCACACCUUGAACGUUAUGGAGAUCGUGCAAAGUUCCGUUUCACUGGGCAUUCUCUUGGAGGAAGCUUAUCGUUGCUUGUAAAUCUCAUGUUGUUGAUAAGGGAACAAGUUCCUCGUUCUUCUUUACUUCCAGUUAUAACAUUUGGUGCACCCUCAGUUAUGUGUGGAGGAAACCGUUUGCUUCAUAACCUCGGGUUACCUAAAAGUCAUCUCCAAGCAAUAACAAUGCAUCGUGACAUUGUACCCCGAGCUUUUUCUUGUAGAUACCCAGGUCGUGUAGCUGAACUUCUAAAGGCGGUAAAUGGAAAUUUCCGAAAUCACCCAUGCCUCACUAACCAGAAUUUGUUAUAUGCACCAAUGGGAGAGUUCUUGAUUCUGCAGCCAGAUGCAAAACAUUCACCAAAUCACGAUCUCCUUCCUUCGGGUAGUGGUCUGUAUAUUUUGACCUCCCCUGUAUCAGAUGUGAUAGAAGCCGAGAAGCAAACAAGAGCUGCACAGUCCGUGUUCUUGAACACACCUCACCCGCUGGAGAUCUUGAGUGAUCGUGGCGCGUAUGGUUCAACAGGUACAAUUCAAAGGGACCAUGAUAUGGAAUCAUACCUGGUAUCAGUUCAGAGUGUGAUCCGUCAAGAGCUCAAAUCUGUAAGAAAAACUAGACGAGAACAUCGCCGACGUGCUUGGUGGCCUUUGGUGGCAUCACGCGACAAUGAUCUGGGUCCUAUUGGAGCAGAUCAAAGUCAGGUCAAGUUCACAGGUGUAUUGCAGACAGGAAGCGAGUCUGUGAAAAGAUUCACGAGGCUGGUUGCAUCUGAACAUAUGCAUUUCUUUGUAAUACUUUUGCUCCCUGCAAGAUUGUUGUUUGUUCAAGCAUGCAAUGUGAUGCGCAUUGGUUAGAUAAGACGCAUCCGACGAUCCAGCAAUUCAUUUAAGUAUGGGUAAAAAAAUUAUUCUUUAUUGGUUAAUAUUGAUCGGGAAAUUACCAUGAACGGAAAAAGUAAUUAUACAUUUAUAUAUAUAUAAAAUUUAGAUCGUUGAUAUGUUGAUUAAAA